AUGAUAGAGCAUGUACAUGAGACAGAAGAGUUUGAAGAAAGCUUUGAAGUGACCUCACUGGGCAGAGAGUUUGUUACUGUGUUUAUGCAGAAUCAUGAACACAAAGAGACCCCACAACUGGAACUUCUGGUUACUGGCACUAAACCGUCUACCUCUGUCACUAUCACCAUUAACAAAUCUGACUUUAGGAAGGAGGUGAAGGUUGGAAAUGGAGAGACAAUAUCAGUUCCAAUCACAGAAAAUGUAGAGAUGAGCGGCACAGACACAGGACCAAGUUCUAUAGUGAUUAAAGCUGAUUUUGGAGUUACAGUGGUUUCUCGCAGUUAUAAAGAUGGCAGCGGGGACACAGCUUUGCUUUACCCAGUGCGUCUGUGGGGAGUUGAGUAUUAUAUCAUUACCCCUCCAUGGGGGGCAGACGGAGCUUACGCUGAGUUCUCUGUGAUUGGCUAUGAAAGCCCCACUGUUAUUAAUAUCUACCUAAAAGGAGCUGUGAGUUUCCAAGGACAGGAUUAUCCCAAGGACAGCAAGCUCACACUCACUCUUGAACCUUUCCAGGCUAUACAGAUUCAGAGUACUGAUGAUCUCUCUGGCACUAAGGUAGUUGCUGAUCAUCCUGUGGCUGUCCUCAGUGGGCACACAUGUACUGAGAAAAAUGGAGAUUGUGGUCAUGUGUACGAACAGCUCUUGCCAGUGGCCAGUUGGGGAUCCUCAUUCUUAGUACCCGGCAUGUCCUUCCAGCCUAAAUUUGAUAUUGCUUUUCUUAUGUCUGCCCAAGAUACUUGCAUUGAAUACCAGUCUGGGGAGAAGAAAGAAAACAGAAAUGUGGUAGCUGGAGAGUUGAUGCAGUUGGAAGUUAAAACAUCAUCACCCCUAUCUAUUCAUGCCAAUGAGAAGAUACAGGUUUUGCUUUAUGGCACAGGUGGUACAUUUAAUGACAUACCCUUUAAUCCUUUCUUCACCAACAUUCAAAGCACUGAACGUUACGGCACCGCUUAUGAGCUUAUAGGACAAGAUAAGUUUGAAACAAAUCUGGCAAUUAUUGUGAGCAAGACCACAGCUGAAGCAGGAAUCACUGUUGAUGGAAAGUUACCAGAAAACAUUGUAUGGAGAGAAUUCUAUGGGUCUGAGUACUCGUGGGCAGAAUAUAACUUUGGUAGUGGCUUCAGUUACCACACAGUCCAACAUCUCACAGUACCAUUUGGUCUCCUUAGCAUUGGGUACUCUCCAAGCCUUAGCUACGGAUCUAUGUCUCCUUCUAUCCGGGGGCCUGGAGCACCAAGGAAAGUGACAAAAGAAUUUGAAGAUGUGACGUCACUGGGCAGAGAGUUUGUCACCGUGUUUAUGCAGAAUCAUGACAAUAAAGAGACCCCACAACUGGAGCUUCUGGUUACCGGCACUAAACCGUCCACCUCGGUCUCUGUCACAAUUAACAAAUCUGACUUUAGGAAGGACGUUAAGGUUGGAGAGGGAGAAACGGUGUCUAUUCCUAUCACAACAAAUGUAGAGAUGAGCGGAGCAGACACAUCACCAAGUUCUCUAGUGAUUAAAUCUGAUGUUGAGGUUACCAUUGUUUCUCGCAGCUAUAAAUACGGCAGCGGUGACACAGCUUUGCUUUACCCAGUGCGUCUGUGGGGUGUUGAAUAUUAUAUAAUUACACCUCCAUGGGGGGCAGAUGGAGCUUACCCAGAGUUCUCUGUGAUUACCCAUGAAAAUCCCACAGUUGUUAAGAUUGACCUAAAAGGAGCUGUGAGUUUCCAAGGAAAGAAUUAUCCAAAGGACAGCAAGCUCACACUCACCCUUGAACCUUUCCAGGCUGUCCAGAUUCAGAGUACUGAUGAUCUCUCUGGUACUAAGGUAGUUGCUGAUCAUCCUGUGGCUGUCCUCAGUGGGCACACAUGUAGUCAGAAAAAUGGAGAUUGUGGCCAUGUGUAUGAACAGCUGUUGCCUGUGCCCAGCUGGGGAUACUCAUUCUUUGUCCCAGGCAUGUCCUUCCAGCCCAAGUCUGAUAUUGUGUUUAUUAUUCCUGCUAAAGAUACAGAAAUAAAUUAUCAAUCAGGAUCAGAAGAAGAAAUAAAAAAACUAUUAGCUGGAGAGGUUCUACAAUUAGAAGUUACAACAUCAUCACCCUUGUAUAUCAAUGCUGAUAGUAAGCUACAGGUCAUAUUUUUUGGCACCGGUGGGACAUUUAACAGUAAACCCUUUGACCCUUUCCUUAUCAACAUUCCAGCUACUGAAAGAUUUGCAAUUGCAUAUGAGCUCAUUGGGCAGGACAAGUUUGAAACCAAUCUGGCUGUUUUUGUAAUCAAGACCUCAGAUAAACCAAGAAUCACUGUUGAUGGGAAGUUACCAGAAGGUAUUAAAUGGAAAGAAUUCCCUGGAUCAAAGUAUUCGUGGGGAGAAUAUAACUACGGAAGUGGCUUCAGUUAUCACACAGUGGAACAUCCUACAGAACCUUUUGGUCUGCUGAGCAUUGGGUACUCUCCAAGCAUUAGCUACGGAUCUGUGGCACCUUCUAUCAGGGGGCCUGGAGCACCAAGUACAGGGAUUAAAAAACCUAAGAAGCCAACAGCACCAGGAGAGAAGAUUGGAAGUGAGUGA